AUGGCUACAGCCAAUAGUACAACUAGUUCGACGAGAACAGAGAACUAUGAAACAUUCUCUCUACUAUGGCUGGAUGGACAAGUCAAUGCAACAGAAGAGAACAAACGUGCCCAAACGCGACUUCGUUCGAUCAUCAAUUAUCUUAAAUUAUUUGAAAAUCCCCAAGAGUGCCGACAAUAUAUUAAGAACUGUUCUGAACAAGAUCGGAUUGUUCUUAUCAUCAGUGGUCGAUUAAGCAAAGAAUUAAUUCCUCAAAUUCAUGAACUUCGACAACUCUCAUCGGUCUAUAUCUAUUGUAGACGUAAAAAGGAGUACAAAACUUGGGCGAAAGAGUUUCCUAAAAUAAAACAUAUCGUUGUUCAACUUGAUGAUCUCGUUCAACGAAUCAAAGAAGAUCAAAGAGAUCUUGGAAAAACAGAAGACCCAAUAUCUAUGAAUAUUUACAAUGCUGCCAGUAAUCCAGAUAAAUCAACAACUGAACUUAAUGGUAGUUUUAUUCAUAAUCUAUUAUUAAUUGAUGUUCUUGUUCGAAUGCCAUCGUUAGAAACUGAUAAACACAGAUUCGUUAAAUCUUGUAAAGAAGACUAUUCUGGCAAUGAACAGAUGUUACGUAUCAUUCGUGAAUUUGACAAUGACUAUAAGCCAAGAAAAGCUCUAUGGUGGUACACACGUGAUAUAUUUAUCUUCAAUAUGUUAAACAAAGCAUUGCGAAUACAAAAUACGGACCGUUUAUUAUUAUUUCAUUUUAUAAUUCGUGACAUUUAUGAGCUAAUAAAAGAAAAUCAAUGUCGAAAGCCGAUAAAAGUUUAUCGUUACCAGCGCAUGUCGGCUGAUGAAUUAAGGAAUCUUCAACGAUCGAUCGGUCAAUAUAUCUCGAUCAAUUCAUUCUUUUCGACGUCGUCUAAUCGUGAUACAGCAAUGAAGUUUUCGACAUUAUCAGCUGCUUCAAACGAUUUGCAUCGAAUAUUAUAUAUCAUUGAUGCUGAUCCUCGUGCAGUGAAAUCGAAGCCAUUUGCUGAUAUCAGUUCGCUCAGUUACUUUCCCAGCGAAAAUGAAAUAUUAUUUAUGAUUGGUUGUAUAUUUCGGUUGGUUAGUAUUCAUAGAGAUGAUAUUGAAAAUAUCUGGAUAGUUAAAAUGGAAUUAGCAGGAGAUGAUAACAAUGAUUUGAAGUCUCUUUUCUAUCAUUUAAAGAAAGACUAUGCUGGCGAGGAAGCCGAAGCGGGUAUGCAAUCUGUUGGCAAUGUACUCUAUUAUAUGGGACAAUAUGAUCAAGCAGAAAAAAUAUAUUCCCGUCUGCGUGAAAGAUGUUCUACCGAUGAUACUUCGUAUCCUUACUUGUGUUUCUCACUUGCUAUGUUAUAUAAAGAUAGAAAAGAUUACGCGCGCAGUUUAAAAUGGCUUGAAACAGCGUUAGAGAGGAAAUUUCGGGCACCAUCUAUUGAUAAUAUUUACAUUGCUGGUCUGUAUUGUUCUAUCGGAAAUAUUCAUUUGGAAAAGAAGGAUUAUAAAAAAGCGAUGAAAUUUUACAAUCAAUCAGGAGAUUUCUACAAACGCGAAAAUGCUUUGGAUCAUCCUGAUGUAUCUUCUUUGUAUCACGGUAUCGCCCGUAUGUACUAUUAUCAAAAUCAAUAUUCAGAAGCAUUUCAUAAUUUUCAACGAUCAUUGAAUAUUCAACAGAAAUAUUUGCCUGCUAAUCAUCCAGAUGUAGCUAUAACCUACAGUAGCAUAGGUGAUGUUUUUCAGCAUGCUGGACAAUAUCCACGUGCUAUGGAAAAUUACACACGAUCGCUUGAGAUUCGAAAAAGAUCACUACAUCCUCAACAUCCAGAAAUAGCUGCGAUUCAUAAAAUCAUCGCUCAAUUAUAUGAGGCAAUGAGUAAAUAUAAAGAAGCUUUAUAUCAUUAUGAAAAAGCAUCCAACAUCUACUUUCCAUCAUUAUCCAAUAAACAUCCGACUGUGAUUGAACUCAAAAGCGAUAUUCAGCGUGUCACUUCAAAACUGAAAUAA